UGAAAAUAUUGUUUCUUGACUUAUUUAAUAAGUCGUUAGUUCUCUUCAUGUCAUAUUUUGGCCAUAUCUGUUUGGUUUGAUCAAGAUAUAGAUUGUAUAAAAGUUGAGUAUAAAGAAGCUUCAACGCAUCCCUACUGUUUAAAGUGCAAAUUUCCAUAUGUUUCUGAGAUAUCAAAGGCACAGAAAUCAAAGGAGAUAGUCAUAAAUCUGGAGGAUCUUGUAGAAAGCUUUCAAUGUAGUCUAAUUCCGUGUCCUAUCAACUGAUGAGCCAUGGAAAGGCAUUUAUCAGGCUGGAAAUGAAUAUACUUCUGAAAAAGUUCGACCAAUAAUGAUGAGAGUUUAUCCAGAUCUAUUCUUUAUUAAAACGGUGACAAUAGAAUAAACAUAUGAAUCUUAGAAGAAAAAGCUCAGUAAAGGGAGUGAAAGAGCUUCCAUACAAUUAAAGCUUUCAUCGCCUCUACAAAAAGCCAUCAACACUUCCACAAAAUAUAUUUUCAAUCAAACUUUCAUUGAAACAAAUGUGUUUCUUGCUGUCGAGUUUUUUCGAAAACAAAUUUUCAUUAUUUUUAUUAAACAUGUCAAAGACGCGUAGUUAAUAAAAAAAAUAUUCUUAGUUAUUAAGCACAUUUUGCAAAUAAAGCCAAAUUUCUUAAGUGUUGUGAAGUGUACGAUUUGGACAAUUAUAUGCCAUUUAUUGACGAAAUUCUUUGACUGUGCUCAGCUUAAAUGUGCGAUUUUUGAAGUUAAAUUACAAGUACAAUUAAAUAUAAAUAAAAAAACAAAAAAAAAAUAACAAAAUAUCGAAAAGUAUAUGCAUACAUAUAUUACGAAAAAAAAUUGUAAAAUUGCAUGUUGGAGAGCGCAAUAGACCCUUAUAGGCCGAACAGGUUGAACUGACGGUCGACGGAGUAGCAAAACACCGGCUUAGAAACUGUGAACAGCGUGGACAGCUUUUAAGGCAAAAGCAAACGCGAGCGAAUCACAGAAAUUUGUAUUGAAUAAAUAAACGAACUUCAAAGAAGAACAUUGGAAAAUCGUUAUAAUUAAGAAAGUGAAAGUAAAAGUUGCCAAGAGCGGAGGCUUCCACUUUAGUGUAAGCUUUAAGGCAUAGCAUACUUUAAAAGCUUUCGAGUAAAUCCAACCACUCGAUUUAAUUUGCUGUAACAUUUUGUUGUUGUAUGAACUUUGGAACAGCGUGCAAACAAUAUAAAAGUGCCAUCAUAUAUACUGCGUACAGUUAUCCGCCCGCAAACGCCACAUUGUCCAGCGCAGGGCAAACGAUCGAACGUCGCCUGCCGACAGACGACAGACGCAAACACACAAAAAUUGUGAAUACCAGCAAAGCGUUAACAUAAUAAUGUUAAGUUCGCUCGAUGCUUUAGCCGGUAAAAUUUCACCUGGUUCUGGCAAGAAUAGUCCGUCCCAGCAGGCACAGUCGCAGCAGCAGCAGCACCCACAGGGUUACAAUAUAAACCAAUCGUCCGAGACGGAUAUUGCACAACAACAACAAUCGUCGUUCAACCAACAUUUGCCUGCAACAAGAGAACAGCAGCAACAACAACGCUACAAUGGCAAUCAUUAUAAUGGACUGGACAACAACUGCAAUAAACUGUGCCACAUCAAUCACAACAGCAUACACCCAUAUCAGAAACAGCUGUCAAGUCAACAUAGCCAACAACAAUUGCAAUCGUCGCCAACGCAACAGCAACAGUUGCAAACCUACUGUCAGCAGCAGCAACAGCUGCAACAACAACAACACGAGUUGUUUCAACAACAGCUGUUGCAACAACAGAAAUCACUGCUGCUGCAACAACAACAACAACAACAGCAGCAGCAGCAGCAAAUGCCGGAGGAGUGCGAUUCACAGCAGGACUUUCGCAGUUGCCUGAAGGAGAAUGCAUUUGGCAUGAGUGAUAAGAGCAGCACCACCACUAGCCUUCCCAACAGUCCGAUACAUACAUCUACACCGGGCUGCAACACCAACAACAAUGGCGCAUCGCUACUCAAUAAUAGUAAUAGCAAUAGCAGCACAGGUCUUGUCAAUGGCAACAACAACAAUAAUAACAACAGUGGUCCACCAAGUUUAUGUAAUAGUAAUGGCAAUAAUAACAACAACACGUGCAGUGCCAAUCGAAAUGUUGUUGUCGACACGGAAUCAUCAUGCUUCCGCAUGGACGCCGACAUGCCGUUCGGUGAGAAGGAACCCGAUCCAGACAAUAUCAAAAUGUUUGUUGGCCAAGUGCCAAAAUCCAUGGAUGAGGCACAAUUGCGUGAGAUGUUCGAAGAGUAUGGUCCAGUGCAUUCGAUAAAUGUGCUGCGCGAUAAGGCGACUGGAAUCAGUAAAGGUUGCUGUUUCGUGACAUUUUAUACUCGUCGCGCUGCCUUAAAAGCUCAAGAUGCCCUGCAUAAUGUGAAAACCUUAAAUGGGAUGUAUCAUCCCAUACAGAUGAAGCCGGCGGACAGUGAAAAUCGAAAUGAACGCAAACUCUUCGUUGGAAUGCUCAAUAAGAAACUGAACGAGAACGACGUACGCAAAUUAUUCGAAGUUCACGGUGCCAUCGAGGAGUGCACGGUACUGCGCGAUCAGAACGGACAGAGUAAAGGGUGUGCCUUUGUUACAUUUGCCACGAAGCACGCGGCGAUAUCAGCGAUAAAAGUGACUUUGAACCAAAACAAGACAAUGGAGGGCUGCACAUCGCCACUGGUUGUGAAAUUCGCCGACACGCAAAAGGAGAAGGAGCAAAAGAAGAUCCAGCAAAUACAGGCGAACCUCUGGAAUUUGGCAUCGAACAUAAAUAUACCGUUGGGUCAGACGGCGACCACCGUUUCAACGCCAAUACUGCCGAAUCCACCGCAGCAGGCGAGUCCGGUGUUGGGCGCCGAUGCCAUUACGCCGGCCUCACUGCAAUUGCUGCAACAGUUGCAGGCGGUUGGACUGCAGCAACAACUUUUGCAAGGUUUGGGCGCGCAGACGAAUUCUGCGGAAACGGCAGCGGCAACAGCGGCUGCCGCCGCAGCUGGAUUACUACCACCGAUGACGGUACAAAAUUUGGCCGCCAUUGCGGCGAUGACACAACCCUCACUCACCAAUGCUGCCAACAAUCCGGGUAGUGCGCAAUUGACAAACACAGCGGCUCUCUUAUGUCUCUUAGGAAAAACCGCCAGCUCAGGGUCCGAUCCGAAUCCAUUAGCAUCUGCGUACAUGUCAACGGCCGCUGGCUUGCCACAAUUCAGCAGCACCACUUUAUCGACUUCGCCACUGGCCAGCGUGGCAUUGAGCAGCGCCGCAGCAGCAGCGGCUGGCAAACAAAUCGAAGGUCCGGAAGGUUGCAACUUAUUCAUCUACCAUCUGCCGCAAGAAUUCACCGAUACCGAUUUGGCAUCGACCUUCCUGCCAUUUGGCAAUGUCAUCUCGGCCAAAGUCUUCAUCGACAAGCAAACCAAUCUCUCGAAAUGCUUCGGUUUUGUCUCCUUCGAUAAUCCGGAAUCAGCGCAAGUGGCGAUUAAGGCGAUGAACGGCUUUCAAGUGGGCACCAAACGUUUGAAGGUGCAACUGAAGAAGCCCAAAGAUGCAUCAAAGCCUUAUUAGGAGCACGUAACGGCGUUUAGUAGCAGCAACAUGAAGUUGGCUGCAGUCACAAGUGAACACAGUAUGCCGUAUGGAGUUGUUGGUUUGGUGAGGGAGUUGGAGUGGAACGUAUAACGUUGAAGUCAUGAAUUGAAGUAUGAAGCGGUAUAAAAGCGUGCGAUGGAGAGAGAUAGGAAGAGAGAGAGAGAGAGAGUGCGCGAUAGUGCAUAACAUUUUGAACUAACUGAAUUGUUGUCGGCCGACUGUUUUGGUGCGGUGGUGGUGGUGUAUGCUGUUGGUGUGGGAGGUAAAAUAAUAUGAACAAAUGCAAUACACAAACACACACACGAAACACUUCACACAUACAGCGUACGUGUAGCUGCUUGAAUUAUGGCCAAUUUGUUAUUUUUAUUUUUAUUUCUUUUGAAUUAAUGUGUAUUAACUGAAAGCUUAGCUUUAACUGUACACAAUGUUUUUUUUUCUUUAUUUUAUUUUAUUUUAUUUUAUUUUAUUUUAUUUUAUUUUUUUAGAUUUUUUUCUUUGUAGUUUUAAUAGUUUGCUUAGUAGGCAAGUAAAAAAACAAAAAUAUGAAUAUACAUACAUAUAUAUAUAUAACUGGAUUUUAUGUUGAAUUGUUAUUAUGAAACCAAAAACAAAAAAAAAAACAGAUUUUUGUUUAUCUAUCUAUAUUGGAUUUAGUUGUUAAGUUAACUGUAGCUAUUGUUAGCUUGUUUCUGAAGUACACGCUCUACACGCAUUUUUGUUGUACACCAAAUAUUAUCAAAUUGCAAAUUUUACGACGUUGAAUUGAAUUGUUAACUGUUGGCUGCAUUAUAUGCUGCACAUGUAAUCUACUUAUUUUUUGCUUUUUAUUAACUUAUAUAAUAGUUAUAUACACACACAUUUGUUACAUAAUACCUAUACAUAUACAUAUAUAUCUUAAUAUAUAAACGAACAACGAAUUUUCAUAUUUUGUACUCUUCGGACAGAAUGUUAAUAAAUUUUACAUUGUCUUAUGUUGUAAAGCCGAAUAUUUGAAUUCUAAGUGUUAUAUAUAGCACCAAAACAACAACAACAACAACAACAUUUGCGCUCAAACAUAAAAUAACUAAUUAAUCAAAACUUAUUAAAAUUGAGUUAUGCCUUUUUUUAUAAAAAAAUUUAUUAUCAAUUCUUUACAUGUAUGUGUAAGCAUGUAUAUGUAUGUACAGCCAGCCGUACUGUACUCUUGGUAACCAACUGUCACAAAGUCAUGCCGUUUUAGUGUUGAAUUUCGUGCACAAAGCGCUUUAAAUGCCAGCAAAUGCACAAUUUGUGUAUUUGUAAAUGUGUAAUAAUGCAUUACAACAACAACAAAUAAA